CACAGCGCCGCUAGGUGUCGUUUGCACCACACUGACUGUAGCCAGGCACUGCGGAAGAGUUUGGAACUCAUCGUCAAGGAAUAUUUCAAAAUGGCGGAUCAACCCAAACAUAAUGCUCCUCACGGAAUGGAACCGUACGAUUUGGGUAAAACUUCGGACCUUGGUGCCCUCAGCGCAGAGCAGCAGGAGAGACUAAACAAGUUUAAGGUGCAGACACGGAUGGCAAAUGAGAAGUAUCUACGCGACCACCCGGAGGUUGAGUGUUUGCUGGCUGGCUUCCUGGGCGAUGUUCUGAAGAAGAGACCCGACAACAUCCGUGAAUUUGCUGCAGACUACUUCACGGAACCAGGUCUUCCAGACAAAGUUCAGACACAACUGGAGGAGAGACAGGCCAAGAUCAAACAGAACCGUAUACUGCAGAAGAUUUAAAUGGCAGCACGACCAGUGCCUGAUUACGGCUGGCAUCUGAUGUGAUCAGCAGCGUGGACCAAUGUUCUAUCAUAUAUCUCAAACAUGUUGUAUAUCAAAUGUCAGUUAUUUAAAAAGAUAAAUUUUGUCAAUUGUAAAGCCUAUUAAUUUGGGAUACAACAAGGAAAUUUAUGUCAGUAACCAUGCAAAUAAUGUUUGCUCGAGAGCUUCCCCCAUUUCCACAGUGUUUGUAUUCUACUGAUGGUAUUAACUUGUUAAGUGUUGGAUUUUAAAGGUCUCACAAAUUCCUUUUGCUGUGUGGAAGUUGCCAUAAUGUUGUCCGUCAUUGUCUGCAUGACUGUUGAGCUCUGUUGGACCAAACACGCAAGAUGACCAUUAUGUGUGUUGCUGGGUAAUACAUAACUUGUGGAGCGUCCAGUGUGUUGUCCAGUUACCUUCCAGUGCCUGUGUGUAUGAAUGGGAGGUUUGUCAUCAUUGUCAUAUCUCAGGCAGUCCUUUACCUUUUGUGCAUAAUCCUCUGUAUUAUUUACCAGUUUUAUUUAUCACGUUUAUUUUUAUUUUGAUACUUUGUCAUGUUCCAUUUUUCCUUCUCCUGUUCAAUUUUUCUUUCUCCUAUAUAUCUGGUCUAACUGAAUGCUGGAAGAAUGGCAGGGUCUGACAGAAAAUAUGAGGGGUGUGGGUGGGGAGAGGGUUUUAGAAAGGGGAGACAAAUCUUGCUGUCUUGAAGGGGGCCGAUCAGUUCAUGUUAUCCUUCUCAGUGGAUGUUGUGUAACACUGACAUUAAUAGCAACGGUCAACAUUUAAACCAUUAGUCAUGUAAAUAAUUUGGAUCUUCAAAGCUGUCAAUUUUCUAUAUAUUCAGUCAAAUCAGCUAAAAAUGAUUCCAAGAUAUGAUUUCAUGCAAGCCUAAAUUCUGUUUUGCAUGCACUGUGUUAACCGCCCCCAUGGGCUCUGACCUCUUGUUGUCAAGAAAAGGGUUUAUCGCAUAUGAUAUUUCCUUAGAGGGUAUGUAAACCACAUGAUAAUGUUUCAUACUGCAUGGUAGAUGUCAUUCAUGUUGGUAUUGAUAGUUCAGACCAGACUCUGGUGUUGUCAACAGGAGGGUGAAGCUGCCACUCCAUCAGUGCCUGUUUGCAAUGCUGAGCAACUUCUAUCGCACUCAGAGCUUUUGUCUCACUUCACUGAAAGCCAUCGACAUGAGAGUGAGACAGUGAUAUGUUUUUAACAUAGUUUUGUGAUAUGUAUUAUUCUUGUUGCUUCUAAUUUAUACAAAAGUGAAUAAAAACUGGUACUUGUGAA